AAUUGGGAUGGAAGGGUUUGAACUCCACCACCAUGCCGCGGGAAUGUCGUCGACGUACACGGAGAUGGAAGGAAACCUGCAUAUUCGUGCAAAGAACAUGAAUAUGUGGAAGACACGGCGCUUCGUUUUGACGGGGCAAGUGCUGCAGUACUUCUCCUUGAAGAAGCCUGGGCAGAAGCGAAUGCUCGAGGCGUUCGCGGGGCUUGCCCUCUCAAGCUCGAAGAAGAAGUCGAGCGAGAACGACCACAUCUUUGAAUUGGUGCAAUGCAGCAUCAAGCCUAUACACGAGUACUUAUCGAACCGACCGCAUUCGUUCCAGAUUGCGUCCACGUCGUUCUUCCUGCUUCUGCACGCGGACUCACAUGAAGAAAUGCAAGCGUGGGUCUCGCGCUUGCGGCUCGCCUCCAAAGGCGGAGCUUGUUCGCCCCCGAGUGACCGAGGUGUCCUUCGAACGCGCAGCUACAGCGGCGGCGCCAUGUCACCGUCCCCUUCGUCGGCCAGGAUCACCGUCGUCGCCGAGUCAUCAGAAGACGACAUCCUUGAGUUUGCGGUCCUCCAUCGUUCAGACAUCCAUGCCCUUCUUGCACACGACCACGGUCGGUAUGUCGGCCACCACUGGAUCGUGCAGACAGCGAUGUACUUGGGCGGGAAGCAAGUGCCUCGAGGCAGCAUCCUCAUUGCCGUCAACGGCAGCUCGAUCCCGUCCGACAAUGACAUGUCCACGUUGCGGCGGCGUGUCCACUCGGCAAGGUGCCCCCUGACCGUGCACUUUCUCCGAUGUCGCCCCAAAGUCGGCGUGCUGAAGAUGCAGCACUCGUACGACGCGCUCGGCAGCAUGCUCAAGCUCACCACCCGCGGGACAGCGCUCAUGGGGUGGAAGGACCUGGCGUGCGAGAUCGACGGCGACCUGUUCGUGUGCGCCAGACUCGGAGGCCCUGCGGCUGCUGGAUCGACGGCGGCGUUGGCCAAGUGGGGCCACGCGCUGCUGCAGUCCGGCAAUGCCGCCGUCGCCGACUCGACCUCCACCGACAAACCGGCGCUGAAGUCCACGACGGUGGUGUCGUUGAGCGACGGGCACGCGUCCGUCCGGCUCGUGCACGCGGUGCUGUCCGGUCGGCCGCACUGCUUUCUCCUCACGACGGCGUCGAUGAGUCUGCUGCUGCAAGCCGCCAGCGACGACGACAUGGUCGAGUGGAUGGGGGCGCUGGUGCACGCGAUCGAUUUGGCCCAAGGACAUGUCGUCGCGGGGGGCAGUAGUAGUACUAGUCAUCCGCUGUCGGCGUUCAGUAGGCCACACGUCCGCCGAAAUGUUCCAGCAGCGACCACCACCCAGCAGCACCCCCCCCACCGGACGCCGCCGCUGUCGUUCUUUCCGCCGUCCGGGGGCGACGGCAUCCAGCGGAGCAGUGCGCAGUCCCAGUCGCUCAUCUUCGACCCCCAGCCACCGCAGAACCACCCUUCGCCGCUUCCGCGCCUGGCCGCGGCGGACGUCGUCGAGAUCCUCAUGUUCUGCCAGCAUCAUGGACGGUACACGGAAGCGCUGCAACUGCUCGUGCAGCACACGUCCUGCCGACUACUUUACUGGCCCUCCAUCUUCGCGUGGGCUCUGCCCCACCCAGUUGUGACCGCCCAAGAGAUCGCCGCGUACUCGACGACCCCCAUCUCGGACGAGGACACAAUCCAGCUGCUCAAGGAUAUCCCCCGCACGGCGACGUGGCUCGCGUCGUCGGACGGCGCGCCGGCGUCCACGGUGGACGCGCCCCCUACCCGGCUGACCAACCUCGGCACCGUCCUCCGCGCGUUCAUUGCGCACUCAUGCUCGAACGUCGAUGCGGCCAUCUCAUCCAGCCACACGUCGUACCUGCAAGGAAUGAACGGCAUCGCGUUUGUCCUGCUCCAAGUGCUUGCCGACGACGUCGACAGAUCGUUCCAGUUCCUGCACGGCCUCGUCCACGGCGCGCUGCCGACCAUCUUCCACUCGGAAGCGCACUCGACCAACGCCCUCGUCCAGACGGGCGCCACCCUAGAGAGCAUGGUUAGCAUGUACUUGCCAGCGCUCGCAGCGACCUUUGAAGUCGUGGGGCUGCCAGUGUUUUUACUGGCAUAUAAGUGGUUCCCGACUCUCUUUUCAGAUGUAUCCCUCCAGGCGAAUCGAGAGCACAACCAGCUACGGUAUGACACGCUGCUCGUGGCGUGGGAUGUGUGCAUGCUCGUGGGCAUCGAAGGUAUCUACGUGGUGGCGCUGGCGCUGUUUGCCGCCGCCGACGUCGCCAUCCGCAACCUAGGACAGACCUGUCUGGCCGAAGACGUGAGCGGCGCCUUCACGGCGGUGCUGGCCCACUUGACGCCCGACGACUUCGUGCUCCACGUGUGUGAAGUCAUCGAGACGUGCCGGCACCCGCUGCUGCUGCAGAUGCGCGACGCCCACCACCGCAAGCUGCACGAGUCCGUCAUGCAACGUCCGUCCGUAGUCACAACCCUAGACACGGGCCAGGUCGUUGGCGGGUCGGCCGCCACCCCCGCCCUCGUGCCCCAUUCUAGCGCUGAUAGCUACUAGUCGCGUUCAACCAACUUGUCAUGUCGUUGCAAUACAAUUGUAGUUCUUUAAAUAUUAUUGUCCAUAUUUCGGUAAAAUUUGGGUUUUUGUAAACUAUAUAAAUAUUUCGAUUCUUUGUCC